UGCCCUGCCCACGCAGCGCAGAAAUCGCCCAAACUACUCAGAUCGAACUUGGCUACACGGACACUACACUAGACACCAGGCACCAAAUGCGCGAUGGUGACCUGGCGCUCCAAGAACAGCAUUGCUGCACGCGGACACGACGGACAACACAGACACACAGACACACAUACGCGCAGCACAAAAUGGCACCACCAAAACCACCACCACCACCACCUCCAGUAGUACAGGCGCCACACACACAGGAUUCAUGCAAUGUCGACAUCCGCCCCGGCGUCCCCCGCACCCACAAUAUCCCCCCCACCCACAGCGUCUCCCCCAGUGUCCCACUCCUCAAUCCCCCCACCCUCCCCCAUGUCCAUGUCCUGGUUGUCGUUGGCAUUAGCCUCACCCUGCCCCGCCCCACGCCCCGCCGUCUUCUUCUUGUCGGCCUUGCGCACCAGGGGCUCCGAGAAGUUGAGAAGCGAGGGCAUGCAGAAAAGGAGGAAGUCCAGGAGGGCCGUGUACUUGGAGGUGAUCAGGAUGACGGCGAUCAGGGAGGCGCGCAGCAUCGGGGCCGUGAACAGUCUGACAGGAGAGAGAGAGAGGGAGAGAGACAUGCUUGUGUGUGUGUGUGUCUGUCUGUCUGUCUGUCUGGGGUUGUGUGUGGUGAAUGGCCCACCCACCGAUGUGCGGUCGCCAUGGCUACGGCAGACGUGAACUUCUGGAUGAUGAAGGACGGGUACUUCUGCAAGGCAAGUGGAUGAAAGAGAGACAAGGAUGGACAUUGUAAGACUGUGUGGCAGCCCCUGACUCACCAGUAUGAUAGCCGUGAUGAAGAAGACGCACCACGCGUUCAGCAGCACCAUGAACACCCACGCCGUGAUCUCACGCGCCUUCCAAUAACCCAACUGCACCAAACAAACACACAAACACCCCGACGGCGCCCCAGCGGAUUGCCAACACACCACACUCUCUUGGUGAGUAAGUGAGUGACGUACGAUGAACUGUUUCUCCUCCCGCGUCUUGACCUCCUCGUGCACCUUCUUGCCGAACAGCGAUCGGAUGAUCAGCGGCACCGGCAAGGCCAGCACCAGCGCCCACAGAGAGGCAAACAGCACGUCCCAGUUGGGCUGAUACAGCUUUGGCGGCGGACGACACACCGACGCUGCACGCAUGGCAUGCAGAAGGACGGUGAUCAUGUGUGUAAGGGGUUUUCAGAAGGGGCGGAGGUGUGUGUGUGUGUGUGAGUGUGUGUGCGUACGUCUGAACUCUUCUGGUACGAGGCAUUCGGCGUUGAAGAACAUGGCUGACCACAUGGUGGCCGUCACGAGGGCGGACGCGAAGAUGCCCCACCGCUGACAACGGGACAUGACGGGGUUGUAGGGGAACAGUUUCGGUACUGCAGGCCAGCCAUGCACACACAGAGAGGAGAGAGACUGCUGAGGGGCAUGUCUCCGCCAGUCUGUGUGGUCAUUUGCUUACGGGGGUGUUCUCUCUUGGAGACGACGCCCACGAUUUUGGGCGCCCCCCACGUGUGGUACUGCAGACGCUUCGCUACCAUCUCAGUCUGACACACACGGACAGAGAGACACAUGGCUGUGACGUGCCCACUUGUGCCUUCCCGUCCACUCCACACGCACUGUUUCCUCGUCAUUUUUGUCGAUGAAGUAUUCCAGUCUCUCCCUGCUGUCGGGGUCGAAGUCGUCUUCCUCGUCCACUUCAUGCUCCCUCUCGUCGUCGAGUGCGCUCUCGAUGUUGUGCACGAUCUCCAUGACCAUCCCCCGCUCAUUCACCACAAAUCCCUCCCUCCUCUCAGCCUUCGCCGACCUCACGCCAGCCGCAGCAGACACAGACGCAGCCGAAGUCGGCUGCUGCUGCUGCUGCUGGCCUUUGUUCUGUUGGGUGUCCAUGCUGUUCUUGACGUCGACCUUAUUGGGUUUGUUCCCCCUCAGAAGGCCCCCCAGCAUGUUGUUGAGGUUGGCGAGGUCGAGUAGCCAUGGGAAGGUGGGCUGCUGCUGGGGGGUCUCGUUCUGCGGCUGGUUGACCUUGACGGUGUAUGGCUGGGGGGACCUGUUGGGCGGCUGCAGUGAGUGGAAGGCCGUCGUCAUGGCAGAGGGGUCGUGCGUGCGCUUGCUCCGCCCGCCGCGACGGUGAGGACGGGAUGACUGGCGAGAGGCGGCUCUGAUUGGUACAGAAUGGAAUUGUGCCACCACAUCGACAGGGCUGCUGGUGUUGUGUCUCACCGUGAUGGUUCGGUGCUGCCAAAGAUGCUCUCCAUGGCCUUGGUUUGGGUGUCGGUCAGCUGUGACAUUCGCGUGGCCGCCGUGUCGCUGCCAUACCUUCUGCUCCGUGCCGAAGGCUUCAUCUCAGCACCGGACACACCCAAGUAAGCACCUGCACGCACAACACGACCUCCACCCAGACCAGCUAGCUGAUCAGACGCCGUGUUAUGCGAUUUGCUGACUGACCUUGGGAGUUCCUCAUUCUGCCUCUGGAAGGAGCGGAGGGGCUUCUGUAGUGUGUCGUGGAGUCCUGGGACUGUCGGUGCGUGUCUCUGGUCGACCGCCGUCUGUGGCCGGCGAGCAGAGAGGAGGUCUCUGAGUCGUCAUCGGAAAUGACGUCGAUCAGGUCGAUGAGGUUGUCGAGGUGCCGGUGGAAGAGAUGGCACGUCACGGGGUCAGAAAAGUGAAGCUGACCGGACAGACGGACACUGUGUAUUAUGCGUGUUGGGGCAUUCACACGGCACGGAGGUGACUGACUGACCGACCUUGAGGGAAGAUCCCCUGGAGAGAACGACUUCCAGGCAGCUGCCGGCCCUCUCGGUGCCCUCACCCCCAAGGUCGUCGGCCCCCCUCCCACCCCCUUUCUUGGGAAACACAUCGUCCACACCCACAGGGGACCCCACAUUCUCCUCUAUGUCACUGACCAGGAAACCGUACACAUCUGGGAAAGGCCCCAGGCUCAGGUUCUCCUGGCUCUUGCCCAUUUUCUGCAGCCACCGCCAGAAGGACCCUCGCCGCUCGCCGUAGUAGAUGGCCGCAUUCUCCUGAGAUGAGGACGUCUUGCGGCCGUCGGGAUCACGAUCGUCGUCAGCACCAUCGCCGUCGUUGUCUCUCUGCAGGGCAACGGCUUUCCUGUCUGUCUUCAUCAGCAAACCGGUCAUCAGUGUGCCCCUCUUCUCCUCUGCGAUAUAUCGGUUGGACGGAUCGACCUCAUCCAGGCGGUCUCGCGAACCGUCGAUGUCUCCUCUUCGCGUGCCGCCCGGAACAGAGAGCUGCUGGGAGGAGGCCAUCGGUCGGCGUGUGGACUUUGUCCGUGCUCUCAGGGAAGAGUCUUGCAGGGAUUCGUCAUCAUCUUCGUCGCUAAUUGGGGGCGGCUGGUCGGACUCCAGGAAGAGAUUGUCCUUGGGAAGGAGAUUGAGCAGAGCACCUGUGUGAUGUGAUGCGAUGAGCAGGGAGGGGUGGAGAGUGAGCGCUCGUCGUGCAGAGCAGAGGAGUGUUGGGACUGUGGGUUACCGUAGUGUGUGACCCAGACGCUGGCGAGUCCGACCCCCUCGAUGACGGCGUCGACUGCCGACGAGGGAGCCGACAUGCCCGUGGCGUUGCUGUACACCCGAAUGGCCCCUGCACCACACACACACACAUGUCCUCACCUCUUGACUUGACAAGUGGAUAUCCACUCAGACCUGACAAUGCUGUGUUGAUCUGCUUCUCGGCCCGUCUCAUUGAUCUGUUCCCGAAGUCCUUGCCGCAGUUGGACAAGGCGCGGUUCAUCCGGUUUUUCCUCAUGUAUCUCACGUACAGCCCCAGCUGCUCGGCCGUCAUCUCCCUCUGCGCCGACGCGAGAGACAUGAGCUUCUUCUUGACCCUCUCCUCUGUCACCAUGCCCUUGGCGUCGAUCACGCGGACGCUCUGAGACAGCACCACCACGCGACGAUACCGCCUCCGGGGUUUCAACGCCUCGUCCAAGGCGAUGGUGUCCUUGCCCCUGUAGAAAGGCCUCUCCCUCGCUGUCGAAAUCGAUGACCCCGAUCCAGAUGUGAGGCUGUCGGAGCUGCUGACGAACGUUUCAUGAAUGCGUAGCCGUGGCUGGGUGCGCUUGGUGGCGGUAACCUCGAUGCGCUGCUGAUCGCCGGUCUUGCGGAAGAACCGCGGUUGCAGGAGGGUGAGGGCGGGUGGCUCGGGUGCGUCUCCUUCGAUAAUGAGGUAGUCGUCAGGGUGGCCGACGGGGCUGAGGGGGAUGGCCUCGUCGGCGGGGAUCUUCUGGUACACCACCUCGAUGAAGUGGAUCUUGCUCAUGUCAAUCUGGCACCAAACACAGACACAGACACUCUUGCAGUCCGGUCUGCCUGCCUGCAGUGAGCGCUCGCUGACCAGGAAUCGGGGUCCCAUCCAGUCGACCAAUCGCCGCAUGGCGAAGUUGUGAAACACCUCUUUUGGAUGAGCGCAUAGGAUCGACCCCGCCCGGCAGAACCACAUGAGGUGCACCUCAUCCGAAGGCUUGAGCAGCGUGUCUGUGUCCAUGUCGAUCUCAUACUUAGGCCGCAGACAGGUGUCCUCAGACCUGUGCCGGAUGGUCACCUCGCACGCCGUCAGUGGCGGGACGAAGGCGUCCUGGAGGAUGGGCAGCAGAUUGGACAGCUCUGGAUGGUCCUUUCGGAGACGACCCUCCUGCUCCCUGCAAAUUCAACAAAUGCAGUCGGUGGCCUGUUCAUCGACCCAUGCAGCUGUCUGACCUCGCGAGCCUGAAAUGGGCGUCCAGGAAGUCGCCACCAGCGUUGACGACGGCCGUGCGCAGCUGUGCUGUGGCUGUGGUCUGCUCCUGAGUCGCGGCCUCCAACUUCUCACGCGCACGACGGGCCAACCAAUCUGAUGAAGAACAAAUGUGAGCAGGUUCUCACCGUUUCGCGUCUCUGCGCAUGCACCACCCACCUUGUCUCUCCCUGAGUUUCUCCAGCUGCUGUUUGGCCUUGAACUCAACGCUCUCCUGCAGUGCAUGGACCACCCUUAGCGCCUCAGCCUUGACGUCCUCCUGCGCCUUCCGUGACACCCCCAGCAGAGCCAGAAAGGCCCUCGACGUGGCCGGCAUCUUCAAGAGUUUCGCUAUGUCCAUGACGCCCUCGGCAAGGGACCGCUCGGCCUCGCUGCGCCGCUCCCUCUCCUGUCUCUCCAAACGCAGGAGUGCUUCGGGGCUCCGCGCGCCCCUCUUCCUGGCGUUUGCGGAUCGCACGGAUCUGACUGCGAUGAGCGAUGCGGCGAGGUAGAGCUGCUGUGUCCUGUAGUGGACUUGUUGGAUGCGGAAGAACGGGAUAGAGGAGGUCGACUUGGUCAUGCGCUUGGUACGGUUUGGGUCGUCAGACUCGUCCGCAUCAUCAUCCUGACGACAGAACGAGGAAGGAUUGACGUUUCGCAUGUCAUUGUCUGCUUCACCCAUCCAUCGCUGACCUCAUCGCCUGAGCUCCUUCGCCCUUCCCUGCGGGCGACCCAUCGCCUGACCGACUCGCCCAAAGCCCCGCCCCAUGUCACCUCCCUGCCCCUCGGUCGACAGCUCUCAAAGCACCGACAGCAGCCCCGACGCACCGACGCCAUCCGCCGCCUCCAGGCAGACACGUUGAUAAUCAGGGGGUCGAACAUGAACAGCCCGCCGAAGAUGCGAAAGGGCGGCAGCAGCAUCAAGGUGAAGUCGGUGGACUCGCGGGGCAAUCGGUCGAGGAAGAAGGUGCCGAGACGGUUCUUGGGAUCGACCCAGUCGCGGCUGUCCCGCCACCAAAAGAAGAGAAAUGGGCUGUAGAUGGCGAGCAGGAUGCCGGCCAGGAAGAGCAGCGACCGCCACUGUCUGCGGAUGUUGUCCCAGCUGUAGAGGUACUCUGCGGCGCUGACGAGCCCAAUAUUGGUACGCUCAAACUUGCGCGAAGACGCCUCGUAUGACGCCACAAACGCCGAGAGGUGGUUGCACGCACACUUGACGUGCGUGGCGUUGCUGUCCUGCCACACAUUCUCACACCCGUCGCUCUUCCAAUCGAGCUCGCCGCGAUAGAGACACAGCCGUUCGGUGCAGUUCAUCCAGUGCUCCUCGGUCCCCGUCACCCAGCACAGCUUCCGCGUGUCGUUGGGGCAGGGGAAGGAGUCUUCAGGGAUCGCCUCUGGCUGCACGGGGCCCUCUGGCAGCUUGUCAGGUAUGCGCAGCGUCGGGGCGCCUGGCAGGUCGAUCUCCACCGAUAGUCGACGGACGGGAGCACGGUUUUCAGCAGUGAACAAGGACAAAGCACGGAGGGUCCACUGCAGAAGAGGCUCGAGAGUGGGAUGGGGGGCUUCUGAGUCAGGAAAUGCCGUGAGUUGCCGCCUGGUGGGUGAGGAGACAUUACCCACAGGGAGAGGCAUGUUGCUGAACGGCCAGGUGCCGUUCCAGGUUUCGUUUUUGAGAAGUAGUGCGCACGAGUCGACGGAGGGUGCCUUGAGGUAGAAGGUGAUGUUGACGGGCGUGUCUUUUACCACCAUUUUCUCCCGCUUCUGGCCGUCGUAAACGUCGAUCUGCCGGAUGAAGGGCGCCAGGGCUCGGGAGGUGUUGGUGUGGGGGUAUGGGCUGACGGGCCAGUCGAUGGCCGUGAGGAUGAGGGCUGACCCACUCGACGGGGGAGCCGCCGUGUUGGUCAGCGCGCCACCCGGCACUGUCACGUCGUCCUAACGAUCCCAACACACAAAACGUGACAGACCGGACGUGCUCUAAGUGUUGGUGCCUACAAGUGCCAAGGGUUGUGUCGAUGCAAGGAGGGCGUUCAUCUUGGUCAGCGCCAGCCUCAGCUCCUCCUUCUCGAAUACGCGUUCAGCCUGGUCGGCGGUGUCGCUCGCGGCCGUCAGCACAAGCCGAUCCAUCGCCAGACGGCUCUCAAAUGACACGCUCCGCGACACGUUGGCUGCAUACACAAUAGACAAGCAUACAGACGACAGAUGCACGUGUGUCCCCCCUCCCCCAUACCGAACUCAACGCUGUUUGCCCUGUCCAUGACCCUCUGCACGGCCCCCACCACCUCGACCCCCGACGCGUAGCUCAGCUCGUACCGCUCCUGCAGCUUCGUCUUGGUCAAAGUGUCGUUCAUCAGGUCACCCAGGAUGACCGACGACUCGUUCAGGUGGAACGAGUUCACCCCCUCGAAGCCCAGGAAGUUGGACAGAGAUGACGCCACGCGGCCGACAGAUGGGUCGUCCGGUGCGCUGGCGAUUACAAUGUCAGUGGCAGCCUUGAUAGCGUCGAGGUAUCUGUCGAGUGAGGUCAUGUUGAGGGUGUCGAUGGCGUUGAGAAUGUCGUCGACGUCCCCAGAGUUCUCCACCUCGUCCAGCAGCUCAUCCACCUGCUGAUCGCUCAGCUGCGCUUCCUCAACACUCAGCCCGCCAGACAGAGAACAAUGCGGGCAGACCUCAUGGCCGCCCACACUCGCCGUGCCCAGCACACAGUGAGAGCCGGCGGGCAGGAGGGUCUCAUAUGCAGGGAGCGACCAGCCAGUCUUGAUGGGGAUUGAAGGGGACGCAGAUGCAGAGGGCGCGGAGCAGUCUGAGGCGUUGGUCCGGGCGAAGGAGAAGUCGACGUCGUUGUAAGGGUCGCCAGGGUCAUACCCGUACACCGAUUGCUGGAUCAGCACCUUCUCGGCUGAAGACGUGUUGGUCGUCGACAGCAUCAGGUUGCCCCCCCUCUUGCUGUCCGCUGCCCGGAAGGGCUCCGACACCGCCACCACAGUCUGCCCAUCCACCACCUCCAGCACAUAGCUCUCACCCCCCGUCAGCACCGCGGGGUCCACGCUCACAGCCAACACCUCGAUCAUGUCGCCGGCAAAAGGCCUCUCAGUGACCAGGUACUGCGUCAGGAAGUCGCUCCCGACUGUGGCAGCUGUGGCUGUGUUGGUUGGGAUGGGUGUGAGUGCCGCAGCGGACACGUUUGCAGGGAGGGGCUUUUCCUGCUGGGAGAGGGCGAGGCGGAAGGCGAGGAACGACGUCGACAGGGGGGUGGGUGCGAAGUGGUAAGCAAGGGCUGUGAACGCCUCCUUGACAGUACUGCAGGCAAAGGCAGCACGCAUCUCGUUCGGUCAGGUUAUCUGACACACAUUACAUGCACCUGACUCACCUCUCAGGAAGGGCAACGAAGAGCGGCAGCACGGGUGUGUCCGCCGACACCACCUCGAUCGCCACCUCGCCUGUCAUUGUGAUGCCUGCUGCCUCCACCAUCAGCCCCACAUCACACUUGCCAACCCGCAACGCCCGCAACUCGAUCCUCCCGAUGCUGUUGGGCCCUCCAGUGUCAUAGCGAAGUGGGACGCCAUCUUGCGUCAGCGCCCAGCAGUCGCUUGCAUAACUCCAUGACUUUCUGGCAGACGUGAAGUCGAGCGGGAGGAGAGAAGUGUCCGUGAUGAUGGCGCCGACCAUGGUGAUCAGGCCGACGUUGAUCUGCCUGGGGCCGACCAAUCGCAGAGGAUACUUCUCUUGCAGCACUCCGGUGACAGUGAACGUGAUGAACGAGGGGAUGGGCGGCACCGCGUCAACGUAGUACGCUUCCAUUUGGUACUGUUCCGUCUCAGAGGGAGCCACGUCGCUCUCGUUGAGCAUGAGCGUGGUCACCUGUGUGAAGUUCAUCUCCAGCCCCUCGAUGCUGCCCGACAGCCCCUCCCAGCUGCCGUUGCCGCUGUUCCACCUCAGCCACCGCACCAAAGCCACCCUCGUUUGGCCCUCCGAUGCCGCACACGUCGCGUCACUUUCGUCGCCAUCCCAGCGGCUGAUGUACACCCUCAGUCGCAGCUGGCUGCCGACUUUCUUGUACUGCUGCAAAGAAGAGCCAGCAGUGAUGUGCAGAGGGGGCACAGGGACGUGGUUGUCCGUCAGCAGGGUGAGGGAGAAGGUCCUGUUGACGGGCAUGCUCAUAAAGGUCUUGGCCGUGACGAGUAGGUCGAAUGAAGUGGCCGUGGGCACUAUGGAUUGUGCUGCAGCGAGGAGGGGUGCCGAGGGGAGGUUGAUUCGGAUGAGGGAGAGGGUGGUGCCUUGGCCGGAGGACGCGUUAAAGGCAGCCAGUUGGUCGCAGACGACAGAUGGUGUGCUGCUGCUGCAUGCCCAGGUGUAGUUGACGAGAUGGCCGAAUCCCUUGCCCACUUGCACCUCCACAGUGUUGUUCAGGCAGGCAUGGACCGUCACUGAAGACACCAUCUGAGCCACAGACAACUUAACAAUCAAGAUUCGCAUUGAGCUAUGCGUCCUGCCUCACCUCAAUGGUUGGCUGGACGAGGGCGGGUCUCGUGCCAGGCAGCUGCAGGUACACCGACUGCCCAGCGGCGUACCACGACGCCGGCCAGGCGCCCCCAUAGGCAGCGGCGGCCUCUUCCCCAGCAGGCGUGGCACUCAUCAGCCGUCCUCCCUCUAUCCUCACCUCCAUCCCCACACCCACAUUCGCCGAAGACCCCUGCCGCACCCGCAGGGUCAGCGGCGUCGACCACUCACAUGUGGGGUCGUUGCCGAAGAGAGACAGGGGCCCUGGUGAGUUGAAUACGUCGCAUGGCGAGGUGAAGACUGCUGGAUUGGGAGGUGUGUCGAAGACGAUGUCUAUGGCGUCGUAGUUGUGUGUAAGGGUUGCUGAGACGAGGCGGGGCGGCUGAAUGAUGUAGCAUAUGGCCGAGGGAGAGGGGGCAGUAGUGGGGUCAACUGAGCAUACGUGACCCUUCCCUUGACUGACACACGCUGUUCUGUUUCUGUCGGUACCAGGGCAGCCAAUGGUCUUGCUCAGGUCAGGCGCACAAGGGUCGCCGAUCGUCGCACACUCAAUGAUCUGUGUCGACAGGUCGAAUGACGUCCCCGGGUUGCAAAACGAGAAACCAGCAGGGGGCGUCACCGGAACACUCUGACAGAGGGAUGCAGUGAUGUUGGUGACCACGCUGCUGCACACCGAUGGCCCCUGUUGGUAUCUUGGUGUCACGGGGGAGCCGUCAGCUGCCACGGGGAUAAGUGGGGCGGUGCACGUGAAGCUUGGCUCGACCUCACGGCAGUCGUUGGGGCAGCCGUCGUCGGCAACCAAGUUGCCUGCAUGCGCAGACGGAAGGAGAGACUGGGGCGUGAGGCUAGAGACACCGUCGUGUGUCGAUACCGUCAUCACAGGCUUCAGCAGGUGAGAUGUUGCCGUCACCACAUUGAGGCACCUGGCAAGCAAACAUAUCCACCAGGACACUAGCUAGGCAAGGGGGGAGAGCCAGUGUAUGUGUGGAAUGAGAUUGGCUCACACAUUCGGCGACGAUGCCAGUGGUGUCCAUCCGCACACGACAUGUCUCUUCAAUCAGACAACUUCCGCCACAAUUGUCUACCGCUGAUAGAUCGACAACACAUACGUGGAGAGUACAGCACAUAUUAUGUGUCCACAAGUCGCCCUUCCACUUACCAGGAACGACCCGCACAGACCGCUCCGACGGGUCUGCAGCCUGCUGCAGAGCUAUCCCCCUGAUCGCAUCCCGCCCAUUUGCCUCUAUCUCGGCCGCCAGCGAGUCGCACUCACCCGUCUCCCUCUUCGCCGCAAAGCAGUGCCACAUCUCCACCACAAAUGCAUCUUCCUCACCAGGCGGGAUGGGGAGAGUAAAGGACUGGCCGACCUGCACCAGGGCAAAACCUGGAGCGGACUGCGAAGUGUUUGGUGUGGGGUAGAGGUCGCUGUCGCCCGGCGGCGGGGGGAUGGUGUUUGAGACGGAAUUGAUCUUGUCCCAGAUGAGUAGGAUGCGAUCGUUGAGGGGGUCGACGUCGGGGCCGGUGGCACUGGGCGUAAUGGUGGUGUUUGGGCCGCUGGUGACAGUCACUGGCGUUUGGGAUACUGACCUGCCAAGGUCUGCAGCCCAAACAGAUCAACACAGAGAGAGAAUGCCACCAUUUCUCAUAUAUCGGAUCGUGUGUCUGUCUUGCUUACUCACAGUGGUAGAAGUAGAAGGGCUCCACUGUGGCGUUGUUGGCAUUGCCGUACUGAUCAGCUCCCAGACUGCCGUUCACGCUCACCUCCACCCGCCCCAGCACUGUCGCCUCCACCUCAAAACACGACUCAGAUAUGCUGCUGGACAAUGAAGGUAUCGGCUGCUGGGUCAUGUUGCCGCAGAAGGCAAGAUCAGAGCUGACGAGGGUACCAUUGGAGACAGAAACGACCGAGGACAGUGUGUGAGGGGUGAGGAUAACAGGAUGGGUGAAAGUCGCCCUGAUGGUGAGACGUGGGCUGGUAGAAAGCUCUCGAAUCGCAAUGUAAGCCUCAGACUCGAUCCCAUUAAGAGAGAUGGUCGGGCAGAUUGUAUCUGACGGAAACAGAGGAAAGUCAGGAUUGCUGCCAUUCAGCAGCCAACCUUCGGCUCACUGAUGACAAACUGGUGAGUUGACGCUUCAUUGGGAGACAUAGUAUCCUUGGCGGCAACAAUGCCCACCGGCACAUUCACAUCAACCAGCUGGUCGACCCCCGCCGCAGGAUAAAGCGUCAGCGUGUACAUGGCUGGGGGAUUGGGCGGGUCGGGCGGAUCCAGCAGUGAAAAGCGAAGCUCAGCGGGCUGGGCCUCGGGGAAGGGCGACACGGUUAUGUUCGCCAAAGUGAGAGUGGGGUAGGUGUCGAGUGGGAUGGUGAAGUUGAGGCGGAGGACAGUGCCGUUGGCGGGGCACUGCGACGGCGCGUCGUAAGAUAUGAAGCGAUCUGCACGGAAGAGCAACAGAUGCAUAUAUGGACGGCCAUGGGACAUUUGAAAUUCUUGCUGCCUCACGUACCAAAGACAGCUCGUGGCGUUUGCGCUGCGUGACAAAGAGGACAAACAAACUCAUUGCACCUGUGUCUGUGUCUGUGUCUCUCCACCUAUUUUUCUUACCCCAGAACCACUGCAGCUGCACCCCCGUCAGCCCCGGCCCGACCCAGUUGCCAUUCCCAUCCGCAUCAGCAGCUAUCGUCCCCACUACAGUCAGCGUAAUCAUCCCAUACGCCAAACUCAGCUCAGUCUGAUUCACCACAAUACAGUAAGUCGACUGCCAAGGGACGGCGGCCCCUCCACUGCAGCUGACGAGGCUGUAGUUGGCUGCUGGCAGGUGUCUGGUCGCACCCGUGCGGUCCGUCAGAUUAACUCGGGGCACUGGGUGGGUUAUCUGCUCUACUGAUGGGUCGACGGGCUCGGUGAAGGUGACGCGGAUAGUGACUGUGUGGGCUGUGGUGGUCUCUGUUGAUGGAUUCCACUCGGCAUGCGGAUCCACGGCCAAAGUCAGAUUCGGACACUUCGCAUCUGAACCGCCAAAGGGCACACACGCGAUGAUAAUGCAGAUACCCAACAGGAAUAGGAAAUAUCAAGCUUACUGAAGGGAAAGGGGCCCCAAGACCUCGCAGGCAUCGGCGCCGUCGUGGCAGCACUCGCCGCAUUGCCCGCCGCCACAUUCACAGUCAGAGUGUCCACCACCCCAUCAGAAGGCCGAUACAGCAGCGUAUAGUUUGCAAAAGCGAAGAAUCUCGCGUGGAAGUCCCCCGUCCCCCCGAACACCAGCACAUCCCCGCUGGCUCGCCCCGAUGAGAACUGCAGGUCGAGGUCGGCGAUGGUGAAGUCAGUCACAAACUCGGGCCAAUCGAGUAAAAUCGACAGUGGCCCGGGGCAGGUGCUCCACAGCCACGGAUUUGCACCAUGAGAGCCAGCUGCAGCAGCACAGAGAGGACCACAGACAGGUCACAAAUGAGGACAAUGCAUCCUUGACUGCCUUGCGUACUCGGGCCCGAGAAAAGGGUGACGAAAAGGAAAGCAUUCACUACGGCUGCAGCUCACACAGCAAACGAGGGUGCCUUGCAUGGUCCUCUGGUGCGCAGUGCACUGCGGCGAAGUCCCGCGCUUUACCUUUCGUUCUGCUCAUGCAUGCCAUCUCUACUUCUCGACUCCAGUCGCCUCAAACUCGGUUGCUACAGUGCAAAGGUGCAGGCUACAUGCUCCCCGUAAUGUGCAAGCACGAAUUGGC